UAUGAACGGGAAGGUGGAAUGCCACUUGAGGUCCUCCAACGUCUAUUAAAUGAAUCUGACAUUCCCCCGACGAGAACAAAACGUUUUUUUAAAAAAGCUGAUGUUAACCGCGACCAGCGCGUUAAUUACGAUGAGUUUUUAAGACAGAUUAUGUUUGAGGACAGUGCAUUUCUGCACAAAUUAGCUUUUGGGUCGAUCGCGCUUAAUAAGGCCGUUAUAGCCGUCGCGCCGCAAACCGCACGUCGAAAACAGCGCCAACAAAUGCAAAAAUCGGGUAUUGACGAGACGGACUUGUACAAUUGGGGCGAGGCUGAUGUAAAUAAUUACAUUGAGGCCUAUGAUUGUCGUCCACCACCCAUCUUCAUCCCCCUCAUUACUUUUGCCCAGAUUGCCGUCUUCGCCUACUACGCGGUGAAGGCAGCCGAGGAUGACAAUCCCUUCAACGACGUCACGGCAACUUCCGGUGUGCCCUAUUCCAGUCCGCUGAUAUACCUUCCACAGAAGCGCUACCAGGCCUGGCGAUUCCUCUCCUACAUGUUCAUUCACAAUGGCUACAUCCACCUGAUCUUUAACUGCGUUCUCCAAUUAGCCCUGGGCACCCUGCUUGAGCUGGUUCACAAAUUUUGGCGCGUCGGCAUUGUCUACUUGUUUGGUGUGAUUGCCGGUGAGUCAACACCCAGAACUGAAUCACAAACCUAUUCCUUUUUUACUUCACUCACACAAAUAGAUACCUUUCGAUGCCUUGACACGUUGGCGAUGAGGAGAUCCGAACGUUUAACUGUUGGUAAGGCCUGGGAUUGGUUGGUUUUGGGCUGGCUUCAGCGAGUAAUGGCCGUUGUCGUUUGUUCAAUGAAUUUGCGGAGGGCUGUCUGCUGUAGUUUCUUCCCUAACUUCUCAACAAUUCUCGUGUAG